AAUCAACUUUUGGUGUAUAAAAAGGUUUAUAAUAAAAUCUUGUACAUUAAAAAAAAAUAUUACAUGACAACUAUGUAAAAUAAUCUUUAUUGAAAGACUAUGUAAUCACCAUAAAGGGCGAUAAAUCUGUAUGAAUCACACGGACAGAUCCCCCUGCUGAAAAAAAUGUAUUUAACAAAAUAAUUGUGCAAUAUGAUACUGUAUAAUUAUAUAGUGUGUUGUAACAUGUAAAACAAAAAAUCUGCAGUUUUGUCUUCUUGUUUUUUUUUCUUUGGUAACUAUAAUUAUAAUUUCAAAGAAAAUUACAAAAAUGCAAAUAAUUAAUGCAUGCAUUUGAGUACCUGAAAGGAAAUAUGGACAGAAUAUUAAUCAAUAAUUUUCAAGAACAAAUUAAAUAUAUGAAACAUCUCUUUCCUGAGUAGGUGGAUAUAUUUUUAAAUCUAAUUGAUGGAAAAGGGUAGUUUGAACAAUUAAUUCAAUUAACAUUAAUCAUUAAGGCCUUUAGUUAGUUUAAAGCAAAGCCCUGGUGGGAGUUCAGUGGGCAAAGCCUUCCAAAGCUCUAGGAUUUUGAGGGUUUUUAACUUUUUUACUUUUAUAGGUCAUACUUGCUAUAAGAAAAAGGGGGGGGGGGUGUGGAAACAACCCCCCCCCCCUCCUGUAAAGUAACAUAGAGAAAAAAUAUGUAAAAUGAAACAGAUUUUAUUUGACAUUUCAGAUGCCUGGUAAGAAAUCUUACAACUGUUGUAAUUGUCCACGCGUGGUACGACAGAAAGACAGAUACAGCAUUGCAAGAAAAUACAGAGUCGUUAUCUCCAAACUAUCUGGGAGAACACCAGGUGACGAUGACUUCUUAUGCAACAGAUGUAGGUGCAUGUGUGCACGUCACAUAAAACGCAAAGGUCAUAGCAUGGCGAGCACGACAGAUUGUCAAGGUGAAUCCGCACCAUCAACAUCAUCUACAACUUUAACACCUCAGUUCAGUCCACCAUCAGUAACUCUUCCUUUUCCUUGCACAUCAAGAGGACAUGCUGCAUGUUGCAUCUGCAAAAGGCCAGGACCAAAGCUAGUUGUGGUUCCAGUGGGAUUUCGUCAUCGAAUCUUUAUCACCAAAGAAGUCAUAAUUCCUGCUGGAGCUCGUUGCUGCCCAAAACACCUGCAGAGAGACAUUGAAAGUUUGAACCCAACAGCGAGAACAACAAAGUUCAAUAAAACUUCAAUAACUGAGCUGAUCAAGUUCUUAAGAACUGAGAUUAUACGAAGUGAGAAAGCAAGGCUAGAUUUUGACAGUGAAAAUCUUACAGACACUGAAUAUGUAGAUCUCCUGGGGAUAUCAAAAGCUUCUUUCAAUGACAUGAUGCUGUUUAUCGAGGGGAAAAUCAAAAUAACUCCUGCUAGAACUACCAGAACCAGCCUUGCAAUCUUUUUGCUAAAAUUGAGAGGAGGGGAGUCAAACAAGAUUUUGUCCACAUUGUUUAAUAUUUCCAAAUCCAGUAUACAAAGAAGUGUGCGAGCUGUCCGCAAUAUAUUGAUGACUGGAGGUUUUGUCACAGAAAACCUUGGAUUUGGUCACAUAACGCGAGAGGAGAUAAUCAAUAAGCAUACGCGACCCCUUGCCCAGACACUUUUUGGUGAUGACACAACUCAGCAAGCCAUACUUAUAUUGGAUGGAACGUACAUCUACAUCAACAAAAGUGGUAAUUUUAGAUUUCAACGUCAAUCCUACAGUCUCCACAAAGGCAGGCCACUUGUGAAACCUAUGGUCAUUGUGUCAUCGACAGGCUACUUUGUUUCUGUAUUAGGCCCUUAUAUUGCAAAAAACAAUGAUGCCUCCAUACUCAACCACAUUUUGAAAAGAAAUAUCGAUGACAUACAGGGAUGGGUUUGCGAGGAUGAUGUAUUUGUGGUGGACCGUGGUUUCAGAGACUCCUUGGAUUACUUGGAGGAACUAGGUAUCAAGGCACAGAUGCCAUCCUUUAUGGCUCAUGGAGACAGGCAGAUGUCAACUGAAAGUGCAAAUAUUAGUCGAUUAGUGACAAAGAUAAGAUGGGUGGUUGAGUCAGCGAAUGGUAGGAUAAAGCAAUGGCGUUACCUUGGGAAAAUCCUGCCAACGAGCCAGGUUCCGUACAUUGGAGAUUUUGUUAGGAUUGUUUGUGCCAUCAGUAACAGGUAUAUUAUAAUCAAUUCCAAUAACUUGCAAAUAAACAUGCAUCUCACAAUGAAAUCCUAUGACCAGAUCCUUGGUACAAAAAUGAUUCACUUAUCAAAGCAAAUCAACACCCUUCGGCAGCAUGUUGAAGAAAACAAAUUGGAAAGACGAUCAGCUUGUUGGGAGGAAAUGGAUGAUAUCACUGACUUUCCAAACCUGGAUGAAGAGCAACUGAGGUCUCUGACAUGUGGCACGUACCAGCUGAAAUUAUCCCCAAGCUAUGCCCAGGAACAUAUUGAAGGAGAUUGUGCCAUUCAUGUCCACAAGGAGGAGCCAGGUCUAGUACGAAUCAGAAUGCAGAGUCGUCAUGUGUCAUCCAGGUCCUACCUUCUGUGGAUAAAGUAUGCAGAGGGUGCAAUAAUUGCAUGGUAUUGUAAGUGUAAGGCUGGUGCUCGUGUUGUUGGCAUGUGUGCACACAUUGCAGCCAUUCUAUGGUAUGUGGGGUAUGCACGGCACCAACCAGCGGGGCGAAUAGGUGUGCGUGAUUGGGGGGAGUUUCUGGAAGAUGCCACUUUGGUUGAUGAGUCUGAGAGUUCCAGUGAAGGCAGUGAAAUAGAAGAGUAA